AAAAAUUAAUAAUGUUAUUGUAGAAAUUAUAAUUAUAAGUUCUUUAAUGGCACUUUUGUCGUACCAAUUUCUCGAAUAUUUUUAUAAAAUGUUUAUUCUCGUAAAAUGUUUAAUAUUCUUUUUAGAAACAGCUUCUUCGAUCCACUUAAACCAUUCAAUUAUUUCAUUUAUAAUAUUAUUUCGGAAAAGUUAUAUUUAUUGGAAUACGAAAAAAAAAGAAUUAAAAAAAUAAAAAAUAAAAAAAUAUUAAACUGCCGCUUCUAACCAUCAACCGCAACGGGGUGUAGUUACACAAUAA